AUUAAAUAUUAAAUUGGAUUUUAAAUAUCGUUCUUAAUUAAUUGAUCUCUACCCAAUGCAGUACAAAACAAAACCCUAAAUAACUACAAUUUGAAUCUCAAAAUGGAUCAGCACCAACAUUCAGAAUCACAAUCAAGUACUGGAGGAGAAGUAUCUUCAGCAACAGCAGUUCUACUAGGAGCUCUUGCUCCCGGUGUUAACGGAGCUACAUGGAAUACAUUAAAGUCUGCGUUUUUAUUGUUGGGUCUAUGUCUUGCUGUUAUGUUGGGUUUAGCAUUCUCUUCUAGUGAUUCGUGGUUGGUGCUUCACGUUGCGUUUCUUGUUCUAAUUUGCGUUACCCUCUUCUUUCUUCUUAGCUGGUUUCUUGCAGAAACUGGUUUAGUCUCUGUUGAACAUCAAAUGCGAGAGAUGGGCUUGGACGUUAAGGCUCCUGUAGAGACAGACAAAAAGGGAGAAUAACUACUAUCUUGAGUCUGAUGAUCUCUGAUAAAUGACCUAAUUAAAGUACACGGUGAACAUGGAACGCUAGGCUUGAUUUAUACUUUCAAUUUCUGUAAAUACUUUACUCUCCUCCAUUUGAUGUGGCUUCAGGAUGCUUUGUGCUGCCAAGUGGUAUAUAUAUUCUCUUUUUGUA